ACCUAAUAUGAACGAUAGUAUCUGUCUCACAAAACUAUCCAGUAGCCCACUACACUGAAACCGUAUAUCAUUCCACGACUGACCAAGUAUCCUUCCGCUGAAUCGCACGGCGUGUAGUUACCAUGCCAACGCCAUGUUUAGGUUGACAGAUGUCGCUCAUGGACACGAUGUGACUGGCGCGGCGGAAGACCAAUCAACUACGCCAAAUGUAAGAGAUGGGCGGUACAGGGGUGUCUGGACAGCCAAUAGAAGCGUCAUUUCAAACAGGGGGCGCCUUGGUUAGCACAAAGUGACGGAGAGGGACUGAUUUGAUUUGUUUAUAAGGAGCAGAGCAAGGAGAGCUCCCUGUAGGGCUGGAACACCAUGAACCAGAUCCAGAAUUUGCUGUACGACUCGCUGAUAAAGACUCAGCAUGUGGAGGCUGCAGCUCUCAUAAGGAUAAAAGAGGGUGUUGUGUUCCCUUCACCCCCGCGCUUUCAGGUACAAGCACAGACAAUAAAAACUAUAGUAGACGCCUUUAAGAACACAUCUGCAAUAAGGAAGGAAGGGCUUCAGUUUUGGGACAAGACCUACCAAUGUGUUCGGGCUGAUAAAAAUUCCAUCUAUGCAAAAUGUGAUGAAGGGGGACUUGUAUUGGUAAAGACAAAGUCGAAUAUUCUACUUGCGACUUACCGGGAAGGCAUGUACCCCAGUGUGUGUGUAGAGGCUGCUGAGAAAUUAGGUUCUUAUUUCAGGGAGAAAGAAAUAUGAUCUUGAAAUAAACAACAGUGGAUGAAGAUUGCAAUUACAGGCUGCUGAUUGGUCUGUUACCAGUGACUUCCAAUAGUUUCCCAUAAACACAGAGCACACAAGAAUAUGACUACUGUACUCGGGAAAGUUAAAGAAUAAAAUACAAACAAUUUUUCGUUGGUUUUGCAGACCAACAAAAUUAUUUCUGACAGUGGGAAACUUCUUACUUAGAAAGUCCUUGUAUUUGCUCCAAAAAAUGUGCCACCUUUAAAGAAUGCGUUUUGUGCAAUUUGCACUGUAAUAACGGACUCACGAAGAAUAAAACAUUAUGAAAUAGAUUUUUGUUCCAUUUAUAACUUUUAUUACAAUUUACAUAAGGAUUUACCCAGUCCAGUUCGAUCACUCAGAAUGUAUAAUUCUU